AUGGCUAUUGUGUUUGGGGGUGACUUAGAGUGUGUGUCUAGGCUGCAACUGCUGCACUUCAUCUUCGGACUUCUAGAUAGAUUAGUCCUUCUUCCGAAUACAUCAGUUACAUCAAGUGACUGCUCGGGCAUCCAAUACUACACUCCAUCUCCAAAGCUGGUAUCAUCAGCGGCAGUAUGCUAUAGGCCAGCGACAUCCUCCUCAGCUGGCAGACAGCGACACCAAAUUGUGAAGGUCAGUGCCAGCAGCAGGCUACAGGCCAGCGACAUCCUCCUGCUGGAAAAAGACUGCCUGCACAACGCACCGCUUAGGAAGUCAGCUUUGUCCUCUCGCUCUCUGACGUGUCGUUUGGCGAUCACUUCCAGCGACAUCCGUCGACGACCGGCCAACAUCUCCAGGCUACCAUUCAUGGGAAGUCACUUUAUCAUUUACGCAGCUUCUUCUAGCCUCUUGAGAGAGAGCGUGCUCGACGAUUAUCGCUUUAGGACUGGAGAGUGGUGGUUGCGAUGGUCUACUUCCAAUAUGGGUAAAGAGAUACAAAGCUUCGGCCUAGGACCGUAUGCUCCAAAAUCUCGCUGCCCCGUCACGCACGCUAUACAUAUUGUCUUAGGCAAUGACCUUUCUUCAUGUACCUUCUCGUCGCCGCAACAGAGCUUGGAUGAAUCUUUGCCCUUUGGUCGAGUGCAUAAUGGGUUCGUGGUUCUUGGCCGCGAGAUGUUCAUUCGCGCUCUACCAUCAACAGCUUGGCUUGCCUCUGUAAUGCAGAUCAAGCUCAAUAAGGGUCAUGUCGCCAGCCAUACCACUGUUUUAUUGCAUUCUAGAGCUACCUCUCCUGGCCGCAUCACAGUGCACCCACGCUGCGAAGAUCCCAUUCACAAGUAUCUUAAAGCUAGAGCUGAAAUCAUCGAUACCGGACUUGACUUCGGUAUACAGUCUAUCAUGUCAAGCUCCAUGCUCCUGUUUGGCUGCGACCUGGAAGGUGUCAUGAGGAGACUACUUUUGUGGCUAGCAAUUACCGGGCAGCUUGGUGCGUUUGCGGGUGAUGAUCCCUCGAAUGGAGCAAGAAGAGAAAGCGAGCAUGCUUUGAAGGUUCUUGCGAUACCAAAUGUCCCCGCGCCUCAUAGUCAAGCUCUGGAGCAGCUCCAUCUUGCUUCCAUCGAGGCAUCCUACUUCACAAUUAUGCGGCUGCUAGGAUCGGACAUUCAAAGCCGGAAAAGCACAGCAGCGAUUAAUACCUGCAGGUUCGAUAUGUGUCAGAUUCUCGUCAAGGAAUGCCAUUCAAUACCUUUAGGUCUUGACCACUGUACUCCACAUCAUAUUACGCGGGCAGCAACUUCAAAGCCGAAGGUUCACGAAUGGCUAACCUCACUCACGCUUUUACAAAUGUGCCACUAUUCGGGAAGUGAACAACGCUCUACGCGAUAUUCCUCCGAUGAACGCCGAAAAGCCGCGCUGGCUGUCGAAACGCUCCAGUCGCAGCUCGAAGCACUCUGCAAGGCUGAAGAUCAGAUCCCCAGUGACUGUUCUGAAGCUGCACCUGUGCUGGGGAUUUUGUCACGGGCAACAGCGAGCAUCUUGAAUUGCAUCUGCGCAACCAAGAACAGUCCCGAACACAUUCUGCGACCGCUUCACCCGGAAAGUGGCCGCCGCUUAUUUGCAGCCUACGCCGCGUAUAUGCAGCCCGCAUGCCGCUUAUACGCAGCCUACGCCGCUUUUUUGCAGCCUACCCGCUGCUUAUUUGCAGACGCUGCUUAUACGCGGCCCGCGCCGCAUAUUGACCUGAAUCGCAACAGCCCCAGCAAUGCAUCUUCAAGAUCUGCACGAAAUCUGUCGCCCGCCGCAAACACUUGGGACUACCGAACCCACACUCGGCACCGCUUCCUUCUUGAGGCUAGCCAGCUUGACCUCGUGGCAUCGUUCAGUCAGGAUCUUCUCCAUGAUGUCGUAGUGACAACGAAAGGGCCACCGUCGGGACCUCCUGGCCGGCAUAGGAUGGCGCAGCCAUCGAACCUUUCGCGGUUUCGAGGAGGCGCUGAGCAAGACAUCGAAGGAUCGGAAAUGAAGAGAAGAGUUGAGAGGCUGUCCAGACUGUCGAUGAAGGACUUGGAUAACUCUACGGGCGACAUCGAGAAGGUGUGCGAAUUCUGGAGAAGUGGGACAACACCUGAAAUGGCCGCAGGCUUCAUUUCUGUGUUACCGGUAACUUCUCCCUCAAGAUCAGCCGGUUCUGGCACGGGCUACAAGUGGAGAAGCGCUGGCGGUGUUCUGCGGAACAUGCUGGAUUCUUAUUGUACCGAGAGACCGCUGAAUGUGCUCAUCCCCGCUGGAUGGGACAUGCUGUCGUCGCCCAUCGAGGAAUUCGGUCACGAUGCAGGCAUGAAAAGUCCUUACUGCCGCUCCCGCACCUUCCCGACAACACUAUACGCCCAUCUUCCUCUCGAAAGUGUCACGGCUGCAGCAAUACUAGAAUCCUCAUCGUGCAUAUCACAAGUGAUCACAAUAUACACCGGCACACUCGUGAUGGAUAUCAUACUAGUCGGCGUAGGCGUUCCUUCAUCAACCUGGCGGCGUUGGCUCUGUCCUCGCAUUUCUGCCGACUUCCCUGUUAACGAGCACCUCGGAUAUCCGUGUCUUCCCUCGGCCACUUCUCGGCAGGAGAGUAGAGUCAUAGAUUUCAAAACACGAACCUUCCCGCCUAACUCCUCAUCUGUCUGCUUUGCCCAUCCCAACACGUCUCCUCGGGACGGUCCAUUCUCAAGCAACGCCCUACUUCUCCCUUGCUGGUAUAGGGAUUGUCGAAAUUCUGGCGGAGACGAGCAAUCGCUACAACGCCCGCUCUGGAAGCCAAUUGGACGUGACUUUGUCAAGGCCAAGCGUGAGGCUAGCAGGCAUCGAUGUCCGCCAAAUUUUCUGGCAUGGGUUGCGGCCUGUUUCCAGUGCCGGCUGAAGGGUACAUCAAUGACUGGAGAUGCCGAACUACACCUCAGCCUCAAUCAAUCCAUAGUGGUGGAGUGUUAUGUAUCUACCUGCGUUAUCUACGAUCCACAUUCAGUCACGGGCUCCAUCGUCCGGGUACAACAUCACAAUGCAAGUACCAUCUUUCCCCUGGAAGACAACCCUAGCAACCCUAUAAUUCUCAAUACAGAAUCUUUUGGGAUUCCCUUAGACGCCUGCACGGCAUAG